GGGCCAUUCACCCGUUUUUAACAUUUUAAACUCCCUGGCUCGAAACGUUAUGAAAGUCGUUAUUAUGAAAUAUUACGAACAACAUCUCAUGCGAUAAAUGUUCAAUAAAAAGAAGAUCCUUCCGAUCUUGAGGGUUUCCUGCAACGACGAUCACCCAACCUCAUAAACCAUAAACGCCCGGAAAAAAGGGGACACACAGACACCUUAAGCAAGUACAUAUGGAUGAUAUCCAACAUUCCCUACAUUCCAUACUACGGCCUACUAAUAUGUGGAGCAGGUUGCUUGUACUGAAGUACUCCGAAACAUAAAUUCGCCGACGACACUUGGUCAAGAAAAACCAACAUAAAAAACCAGUAGGUACUAAUUAGAUGUGUCCUCCAAGCCAACCUCGACUUCUCCCCCAUCGAUUCCCGCCAGAAUCUAAAUGGCCGGGAGGCUCACCCAGAAAAUACUAGGCCACAUCGGUCACCUGGGGGCCCUGCUGAACGGCGAUCCCAUGGCUCAGCAGGAUGUCAUCGUGUCUCCCGCCCGCUGGCAGGUCGAUGUCAACGAAACUUCUCUGCAUCCCAUCCCCGGCACCUACCCGCGCCUGGCCAGGCUAGCCGACGGCGGCCUGCUCUGCGUCACCACCGGAUUCCACGGCCCCGGCGGCCGCGAACACGUGCUGCAGGUGUCGCGCAGCAUCGACGGCGGAAACACGUUUGCGCCGCACGGCGAGAUCGCCCGCGGCGCCGCCGACAUCGACAACGCCUUCAUGAUUGAGGUGCCGCCCUCGCCCUCUCCCGCCACCCCCAACCCGCGAGACGGCCCCGUAGUCCUGGCCGCAUUCCGCAACCACGACCGCGACCCGGCGCAGGGCAACCGGCCCACGCACUUCCGCAUCACCGUGUGCCGCAGCGAGGACGGCGGCCGCUCCUGGAAGUACUCCUCGCAGGCGGCGGAGCACAGCGCGAACUCGAGCAACGGGUUGGGGCUUUGGGAGCCGUUCAUGCGGCUGGGCGGGCCGGACGGCAGGGAGGUGCAGCUGACGUACUCGCGCGAGCUCGCGUUCAAUAACCAGGAGACGUUCCGCGUGGACUCGCGCGACGGGGGCAGGACGUGGUCGCAGCCGCGGUGUCUGCGGUGCCACUCCCCGCACGUGAACCUGCGCGACGGCAUGCAGAGCAUCGUCAGCGUGCGCGACGUGUCGGGGCUGACGGCGGAGGGCGACCGGUUCUUCGGCGAGGCGCAGGUCGUCGUGUUCGAGACGACGCGGCGCGGGACCUUCUACAGCGUCGAGUACGCGGUCUCGUACGACCAGGGCCUGACGUGGGGGUCGCGCGGCGUCGUGUACCAGCCGCGCCACGGCCGCAACGCCGGCGCGCCGCAGAUCGAGCGGUACGGGAAGACGGGGCUCGCGGUCGUGUUCAUGACGGACGAGGAGACGGAGACGGACCCGACGUGGCCCGGCAAGGCGGCGAUCAAGGUCGUCUUCGCGACGGGCCUGAACAGGGGCAGGAUAUUCUGGAGCCAGCCGACGCUGGUCCACGCCGCGCCCGCGUCCUGGCCUAGCCUCUUCCGGAUGGGAGAGAACGAGCUCAUGGCCGUGUUCGAGACCCGCGGGAGGUCUAUUGGGAAACGCUUGCGUUAUGGUUAGCGAUUGUUUUUUGUAAAUAGAUAGAUUGGGCUAAGGAUAGGAUAAAGGCGCGUUUGGGUUGUUAUUAAUUAGAGAACAGAAUGAGACCAUCAAUGCAAGAUCCAACCCAGCAGUGGGGAGGGCCUUUUUACAAGACAGAACAAUUACUCUAAGCUAUUAAUGUAUAAAAUCUUAUAAAUACAGCGCUUUCACGGUU